AUUAAGUUUUAUCUUUAAGCAAUGAAAGUUGUUUUGGUAGGAAACAUUAAUGUUGGAAAAUCAUCUUUUUUUGUACGCUUUAAAGAUGAUAGAUUUGUAGAAAAACUAAAUUCAACAAUAGGAUUAGACCAGUGUACUAAAGAAAUUGCAUUAAGAGAUGGCAAAAUGGUUAAGAUUAAUCUUUGGGACACUGCCGGACUAGAAGUUGCAGGAUAUAUGACAAGUAACUAUUACCGAUUCAGCAAAGGUGUUGUUUUGGUGUAUGACGUAAAAGAUCGAGAUACUCUUAGCUGUUUAAAUGCGUGGAUAGAUGAUUCAAAACCUUAUAUUCCCGAGCAUGCUCCUUUUUUUUUACUUGGCAAUAAAAUUGAUAGUUUUGCGUCUGAAAUUGAAGUAACAAAACAAGAUGCUGUUAAUUUUGCAAGAAACAAUAGAAUACCUGAUGAGCAUGUUUUUGAAAUAUCUGUUAAAUCAGGUAGAGGCUUUAAAGAUUUUAUAGAUUCUGUUGCAAAUAUACUUAGUCGUGAUGAAAAUCAUGUUGUUGAUGAUGCGAAUAAUGUUAGAGUUAAAAAAAAUCAGAAUAAAUUUUUUGGUUGUUGUUAAUUUUUUUAUUUUUACUUUUUAUUUUUUUACAAAUGUUUUAUACUUUUUGUUCUUAU